AUGGCCACUCCUAAAGAACACCCAAGUCAGGAUCAUAUCGAACGUGUUUCGUCCACCGUAACCCGGGGCAAUAAACUCGACAAGAUCGAUACAAUCCAUCAAGAUGAAGCUCUCAAAGUUCUUUUCAACUACGAUGGAGAUUCUACUUGGUCACCUGACGAAGAAGCCAAGUUAGUCAGAAAGAUUGACAGACGACUUCUGGUUAUUCUCGUCUUGACCUUUGCAAUCCAGUUCUAUGACAAGUUUCUGUUUUCCCAUGCCGCCAUCUUUGGUAUGAGAACCGACCUCAAGCUCACUGUCGGGAAUCGAUUUUCUAUGGCGUCUUCCAUCUUCUAUCUCGGCUACAUUGCUGGUGCAUAUCCGGCUACGUUCCUCGCCCAAAGAUUCCCAAUUCACAUCGUGGCUUUCACUUUGGUUCUCCUUUGGGGAACUUGUGUGCUAGCUGGCGGUUGGUGUAAUAGCUUCCGCGAGCUUUAUGUUCAGAGAUUCUUCCUUGGCCUCCUCGAGUCCGGUGUUUCGCCAGUCUGGAUGAUGGUCGUCGGUGGAUGGUAUACAAAGGUCGAACAGACAUUUCGCAUGGGGGUUUGGUUUGCUGCAGCUCCGAUGAUGGCUAUCCCUGCGCCACUUAUCAACUUUGGGCUUGGCCACAUCAAGGGUUCGAUGUCUCCUUGGAGAUACAUGUUCAUCUUUGCAGGCUGUAUCACGAUUAUAUGGGCUUUCGUGAUUCUUUUCUGCAUGGACCCAGAUCCAAUCACUGCAAAAAACCUCAGUGACCGAGAAAAGUUCAUCGCUGUAUCACGACUACGUGUAAACAACUCGGGAGUGAGGAAUAAGCACUUCAAGAGAGAGCAAGUAUUCGAAGCUGUAAAGAGCCCACUUUUCUGGUUACUUUUCUUCAUGUCUGCCACUGUCAAUACCGUUAACGCGGUGACCUCAACCUUCACGCCUCUUAUCAUCAAUGUGUCCAUGGGAUAUACGGGUUUGGACUCCUUGCUACUAACAAUGCCAACGGGAGCAGUUGGAGUGGUUGCCACAAUUACCCUCUCGUGGGUUGCAACAGUCUUCUCCCGAUACAAUUUGAGGAUUUGGUCCUAUACCUUCAGCUCAUCAAUCUUACUCCUUUCAUGUGUUUUGAUUUGGAACAUUCCCCAUAUAGCGAACGGAUUCAAAUUGAUGUGCUUGUACCUACUAGCGUUUCAUCCUGCUGCUUAUGCCGUGUUAAUGAACCUAUCCAUUGCCAAUGUUGCAGGAUAUACGAAGCGUUCAACGGUAUCUGCUGGCUUAUUUGUUGGCUACUGCGUCGGAAAUUUUGCCGGACCUCUAACAUUUCUUCAGUCUGAGUCCCCGCGGUAUACGACCGGAUGGACAUUCAUUACAGCUUGUCUUGCCAGCACCAUCUUAAUGGGUAUGUUAUAUCGGCUCAUGUGUCAAAGAGCCAACAAGAAUCGCGAGGCUGCUGGAGUAGCUGAAUCGUUUGAGAAUGCUUACGUGGACGACAUGACUGAUGUGUCCAACUUGCAUUUCCGAUAUAUCUAUUAG